CUCCGAUGCGGCGAUGACGUAUAAAAACCAUUCAUUGUCCCAUGGUCUAUUAUACUAUCCUUGCUGCCAUCAUCCCAUCUAAGCCAGAAAUCUCGCGAUAGCGAUACGAGCCCCUACCACCAACAUGCCCCUGACAAGCCAGAUUCAACCCUUGAAGCCGCGUGAGGGUUUGACGGAGCGGCAGCAGUGCCAGGUCGCCCAGCUCUUCAUCAAGAACAGCAUCCCCUAUGUCUACUUCCUGGCGCCCAGCGUCACGUCGAGCAGCCCGGACUACAAUUCGAGCAGCUGGGUGAUCCCGGACGAAUACUUCGGACGAGCCGUCUGGCUACUCAAGCAAAAGCUCGACCUGCCGAAAUGCCGGCUCAAGAGGGAGUGCGCCACGCGGAGCAAGCAGUUCCUGCGCCCUCUGGCCGACUACCACUUCCAUUCGGCCAAGUACCCGACGGUGGAGGAAUUCCGCCGCGGCUACCCCAUCUCCACCUCGGUCGACCUGUACAAGCAAUCGACUCUGCUGUGGAUGUUUCCCAGCCCGCCGAUCGGGUUUGUGACCCCACGGGACCCGCACUAUGAGGCGCGGGGGCUUCCCAAGCCCGGGUUGCGCAGCUACCUGCCCCUGGCCGACAAACUGCCCGUCACGGUGCUGACUUUCCCCAAGUACAUCGAGGCCUUCAUCAUGCUGGCCUGCCGCGACUCCGCGGGCCACUGGUCGCUCAAGUUCUGGAUCGACUACCUCCUGUUCCUCCGACGGUACGAGGAAGGGGCGCGCCAGCGGGACCCGUCGCUCGCCGUCGACAGCGACAACGCGUUCCCCCUCUGGCGGAUGGAGAUGAUCGACGAGCCCUACCGGGAGUACUAUAAGCGACUGGUCUACUACGACCACGACCGGAUCACGGACAACGACUGCGGCACGCAGAAUCUGCGGUUCAUGCACUCGACCCUGAAGGACCUGAUGCAUCUGCCCAAGGGGGACGGGAAGCUGCUGUGGUGUUGCUGGGGGAAGCCGCUCCAGGUCCACCAGCGGCAGCCCCGGCCUCCGUGGCAGACGGUUCGGAGCCAAAGCUUCACCCGCCCGGAGCUGGAGCUGCAGAAACUCGGCACCGAGCAUCGUUGUGUGUAUAAGUUGAUGCUUGCGCCGCCUCGGCCUCCUGAGGCUUCUAGGCCCCAAGACGCUUCUUGGCGCGGUGAGGCUCCUGAGGCUCUUGCGCUUGCGCUUGCUGCGCCGCGUGCAGAUAGUUCUGUUUAUUCUGAGUAGUGUUCGUUAUACCCCCUGUUUCUAGUUUCUUGGCGCUGGCGGCUAUUGACUCUGGCGCAGAUAAUCAAUCCAUUCUGUAUCAUAUCAUUGCUGAUCUUCUUUCCCGUUCACUAGUGUAUGUGUUGGGUUGAUUGUUGGCGGCACAUGAUGUAGGUAAACAACCUUCGCAACAUGAAGUGUGGAUAUAUGCUGAGGCUGUAUCAAGUACCCACUUGCAGCUUUACACAUUCGUGUGGAUGCCAGAUUCUGAUGCGGCUGAGCUUCGGAAUAAAUUACGUUCCUUUUCUGAGAUUGCGGUUUCUUUCAAGUUCAAUAACGAGCAUUGUACUAUUGAUGCGAUGUAAUUGAUAGUCAGUUGAUGAUCACCGGCAGAGACUACCUAGUAGGAACCAAGAACAACCUAAAAGAUCCUUCGGAGCUCUGCUACUGCUUGAGGAAAAAGACCACGAAUGGCAUUUUAUUCCGUGUUC